GAGCUGGAAAUGCUGAGCGUUUUAUAUCUGAACCAACCACACAUAUCGACAAAAAUGGACAAAGUAUGUAAAGCUUGUAAGAACCAUUCAGAGCUGUCCAACGACAGGAAAAGCAAGAAAAAAACCUGGAAAUCUAGACUGCGUUAUUUCUUGCAACUUUCCUCUUCUGGAUCCUCAUCAAAGGGAAUACAUUGCAGGCUAACUGUUGAUGAAGUAAAUGAAUGGGCACAGUCUCUUGAAAAACUGCUCACUCAUAAAUAUGGAAAGGCAGCCUUUCAGAUCUUCCUGAAGUCUGAGUUCUGUGAAGAGAACAUGGAGUUUUGGCUUGCCUGUGAGGAUUUCAGAAAGAUCAAGUCUCCAUCUAAGCUCACCUCCAGAGCCAAUAGCAUUUAUGAAGAAUUCAUCAAAAGCAAGGCCCCAAAAGAGAUCAACUUGGACUUCUACACGAAAGAUGGCAUCAUCCAGAAUCUUCAGAUGCCGACCCCAUCGUGUUUUGUCACUGCCCAGAAGAAAAUCUACAACCUGAUGGAAAACAGCUCCUACCCUCGAUUCAUAGACUCAGAGAUCUACAAGGACCUGCAUGCAGUUGCCCUGGGAAAGUGUAAUCAUUUAAGGACUUAAAACUGAACCCAAGCUUUGACUAAAGCAAUUAAUUUUGCAGCCGUGCCACUCUACGAUGCAACUCU